AUGAGUGCAGUUUCACUUGCACGUCCACUCAGUGUGCACCUGCUUGUUUUGCAGGACUGUGGAGCAGACUGUGCUAAGUUCCAGAAGAGUGAACUGGAGUACAAAUUCAACAAGAAAGCCUUAGAAAGGCCCUAUACCUCUAAACACUCCUGGGGAAAGACCUAUGGAGAGCACAAGCGCCACUUGGAGUUUAGUCAUGACCAAUAUAGAGAGCUUAAGAAAUAUGCAGAAGAGAUUGGCAUUUUCUUCUCAGCUUCUGGCAUGGAUGAGAUGGCUGUGGAAUUUCUACAUGAACUGGACAUUCCAUUUUUCAAAGUAGGAUCAGGAGAUACAAACAAUUUUCCGUAUUUGGAAAAGACUGCAAAGAAAGGUCGCCCAAUGGUGAUUUCCAGUGGGAUGCAGUCGAUGAACACAAUGCAUCAGGUUUAUCAGAUUGUGAAGCCCAUCAAUCCAAACUUUUGCUUCCUGCAAUGCACCAGUGCAUACCCACUUCAGCCAGAGGAUGUCAAUCUCCGUGUUAUAUCGGCGUAUCAGUCAGCUUUUCCUGAUAUCCCCAUUGGCUAUUCGGGGCAUGAAACUGGCAUAGCCAUUUCAGUGGCAGCUGUUGCUAUGGGUGCUAAAGUAGUGGAACGCCAUGUGACUCUCGACAAAACAUGGAAAGGAAGUGACCACCAAGCAUCCCUGGAGCCAAAUGAAUUGGCAGAGUUAGUGAAAGCCAUCCGUACUGUGGAAAAAGCAAUGGGUUCUCCAGUCAAACAACUCUUGCCCUGUGAAAUGGCUUGCAAUGAAAAGCUGGGAAAGUCUGUUGUGGCAAAAGUAACAAUUCCUGAAGGUGCAGUACUGACACUUGACAUGCUGACAGUGAAGGUGGGAGAGCCUAAGGGAUUUCCCCCAGAAGCCAUCUUCGAUCUGGUGGGCCAGAAGGUUAAAAAACAUAUCGAAGAAGAUGAAACUAUCACUGAGCAAGCAGUGGAAAAUCAUGUCAAGAAAGUGAAGUGCUAAACCAAAGCACUCCAUUCCAUAUUUCAUGAUGUAGUACUGCACAACAUAUUUAAGUAUAGCGGCAUGGUAGAAUUAGAAGAAAGGGUUGUAAUUAUGAGGAUCCAAGCAGGUUAGAAUUUUCAGGUUCUAAUUAGCAGGAAGUUUCUGCAGCAACUGCGUAUAAAUUAUGAAGAACAAUUUUAUUAGAAACUGUAUAGCAUUGUGUCUAGAAAAUACCAUGCUCCUCCUUUCUCCAUUCCACUUAACCUAGAUGAAUUUGGAGUUUUGCCAAAUCUAAGAUGACAGUCUGCUGCUUUCCAGCUUCCCUUUUCUGGUAAUAUAGUAAAUGACAAUAACUUUGUCUACACUCUGAAUUGUUCUAACACCGUAUCUUUUGAUGUUCCUCUUUUUUCUGCUGUUUUCGUCACCCCUGUAAUAACAGGAUGCUAGUUGGAGUUGAAUGCAGAUAAGUGAAAGUUUACAUACACUGAACAGAAAACUCAAAUGCAACCUGAUGGAUUUUUCUCAAGAUGAAAGCCUUGAGAUAAAAAGUCUCACGAUAAAGCAGUAGGUUGCAGGAAUCUGCACUCUGGGGAAAAGGAGCUCCUUGAGAAAGCUGGGUUCUCAAGAGAUAGCACCAAGAAAGGAGGCAAACUGGAUAUGUAAAAAGGUCCCAUUUAAGGGGCAAGAGAAAGCCUUUUUCUACUUUUUGUGAAUUUGAAAGGCAAAAGGGCAAGCCAGACAUAUUAAGGGGGGAAAAAACAGACCUGAGCUGGAUCAGUGGAAAUAAACUUAAACCUAUGCUUCAAAAAAAUGUCAAAAGCAUCUAUUGUGAGCUGAGUGAAGCCUGGAAUUUUGCAGUGCAUUUGGAUACCUCUAUUUGUACCUGGGGGCAGCUUCUCAGGGAGGAAGCCAAAUGCUAGUGAAGAUUCAGCAGCCUCCUUCCUGUACUAACAAUCAAAUACACUGGAUUGGGUUUUUUCCCCCAACACUGGUGUUUGAGACAGCUGAGGCUCGCUGCUUGACUAGAUCACAUCACUAUGCUUCAGCAUGAUGGUCAGUGCACCUGUUGUGUGUUCCACUCUUGCAUCACAGCUUCUCACUUUUCAAGUAAGAAAUGCAGUCCCACUCCUAUCAGCUUGCUGCUCUUCCCGUUUUGUCCAGGAAGGAGCCAUGUGGCAGCAGCCGCAAACCAGGCAUCCCUCAAUUAGCUUGGUGAGCACAGAACUGCUUUGGUAUAAUUCAUCUGCAUUUUUCUGUGGUAGAAUCAUUUACUAGUGAUGGUUAUUUGGAACUUGCUACCUCUUGGUCAUGAGUUGGUGAUGUUACCUUGAAUUUGGUGGUGGUGUUUCUGUACUUCUGAGCUGUUUGCUUUCGAAAUGUUUACCCUUCUGCAAUUCUGAGGAAACUCUAUUUGUAGCUUUAAACUGGGAAGGAGAUAUUCUUUGAACCAUGUGCUUGACCGUAUGUGAACUCUGAUUGAUGCAAUAUGCUUGCCUUACAUUAAGAAACUACUCAAUUGUUAAGAGACUUUUUUAAUUUCAAUUUUGAAAAAUAAAUUUGGCUUAUAAAACAAGCUGUUGUUUUUGCGUUUCAGCCUAUGGUCAGACCUUGUCUUUGCCAGCACUGGUGAUGAUUCCAGGGCCUUUAGUAUCUGAACCCUGUAAGAUUACCUGACCUGCUUCAAGUAGCAGUGGCUCUUCGCUGCAGCAGGGCUGGUCCUAGGUGCUGCUGUAAACAUAGGCUCCAAAAAUUUCCAGGACUUUAAUUAAUGUAUUGGGAAAAAAAAAAUUAUCCCUAUACAGAAACUUGCAAGCUGUCUCUCCUAGUUUUAUGUGAGCAUACCUUUAUCCAGCAGCAGUUAAAAGAGCCUUUGCAAAUAGGACACAAAAAUAAAUUAAGCACAAG